GUAGCAAACAGCUUCUUAAUCUCCUCUCCACAACCAGUCGUCUGUGUUGGGAAGCCGAACGCAAUAUGGGGAUUCUGUCAUGGUUUAGGGGCGGCAAUAAACAAGCUGUGGGGGGCAACAACCAUGGGGAUUCGACAUCUCUACCUUCGAAUUCCCAAUCUUCUUCUGCUUCUUACCAGAAGCGGGAGGCACCCGGCACGAACGGGGCCGUGGAAGUUUGUAGACCCGUAUCUCUGCCGGAGGUUACUGUUUUUGAGUUUGGUUCCGUGGCCACUUCUGCCGACAAGGUAACGAUAUCCGGUUACUGCCCCGUUUCCGAUGAGCUGGAGCCCUGCCGUUGGGAGAUUCUUCCGGCGAGUGCAUCCGAUGCGCCCCAGUUUCGCGUGGUAUUUUGAGCUGUGGGAGACCCCAGCGAGUUCGCAAAAUCUAUCUCUAGUGUGCUGCAAUUGGUUAUGGAUUGUGCUGUGAGUCUGGAGUAUUUUCUUGAUUUUUAUUUAAUUUGCAGUUCAUGGUCAAUGAAAUGUAUGUCUUCUUUAUAUUCUGGAUUGCAUUCUAGCUAUGUGGGGUUUAACAACAUACAUAAACUGAAGGGAUUUGGUUUAAUGCUUAUUCACAUUAGGGUUGGUAAUUGGUCUUGAAAAUUAUUGAUGGAUAUCAAUGAAGAAAUCCGGGUUUGGAUGUGCA